CUUGAUUCCAGUGCAUGAGACAGGGGAGACAGAGAGCACAGAAAGAAGGGGAAAGAGGAGACCCUGCCACAAAAGAGACAUCUUAAUGAAUUAGCAAUCCAGGGAACAGUCGUGAUUUCGACAUGCCUUUCCAUGUGGAGGGGCUGGUUGCUAUAAUUGUAUUCUAUCUGGCAAUCCUGCUUGUUGGAAUAUGGGCUGCCUGGAAAACCAAAAAUAGUGGCAGCGAUGGAGAUCGCAGAGAAGCUAUUAUAGUCGGUGGAAGAGAUAUAGGCUUACUAGUUGGUGGAUUUACAAUGACCGCCACCUGGGUUGGAGGCGGCUACAUCAAUGGGACAGCAGAAGCUGUAUAUGUUCCAGGCUAUGGGCUGGCUUGGGCUCAAGCACCUAUUGGAUACUCCCUUAGUCUGGUUUUAGGUGGUCUAUUUUUUGCAAAACCCAUGCGUUCCAAAGGCUAUGUGACAAUGUUAGACCCAUUUCAACAGCUUUAUGGAAAAAGAAUGGGAGGGCUGCUAUUUAUACCUGCUCUUAUGGGAGAAAUGUUUUGGGCUGCAGCCAUCUUCUCUGCAUUAGGUGCCACUAUAAGUGUGAUCAUUGAUAUUGAUGUCAACAUUUCAGUGAUUGUUUCUGCCCUGAUUGCAAUUCUGUACACUUUGGUGGGUGGACUAUACUCAGUAGCCUACACUGAUGUGGUUCAGCUUUUCUGCAUCUUCCUGGGGCUGUGGAUCAGUGUUCCUUUUGCAAUGUCACAUCCUGCAGUUAAAAACAUUGGAUUCACAGCAGCACAGGAAGAGUCUUGGCUUGGAUCCAUUGAACCACUUGAUGUUUACUCCUGGCUUGACAAUUUCUUUUUACUGAUGUUGGGAGGCAUCCCAUGGCAAGCAUAUUUUCAACGAGUUCUUUCUUCUUCAUCUGCCACAUAUGCUCAAGUAUUAUCCUUUCUGGCUGCUUUUGGCUGUCUUGUGAUGGCCCUUCCUGCAAUACUCAUUGGCGCAAUAGGAGCAUCAACAGAUUGGAACAGGACUAUGUAUGGUUUACCAGACCCCACGGACAGAAAAGAAGCAGAUAUGAUUUUACCAAUUGUGCUUCAAUAUCUUUGUCCUGUCUAUAUUUCUUUCUUUGGCCUUGGUGCAGUAUCUGCUGCUGUGAUGUCAUCAGCUGACUCUUCAAUCUUGUCAGCAAGUUCCAUGUUUGCUCGAAAUAUUUACCAACUUUCAUUUCGACAAAAUGCCACAGACAGGGAAAUAGUGUGGGUCAUGCGAAUCACUAUUUUCCUCUUCGGAGCAUCAGCCACAGCAAUGGCACUCCUAGCUAAGUCAGUUUAUGGACUCUGGUAUCUCAGUUCUGAUCUUGUUUACAUCAUCAUCUUUCCUCAACUCUUAUGUGUGUUGUUUAUCAAAGGAACCAACACUUAUGGUGCCAUUGCAGGCUAUUUGUUUGGUCUUGUUCUCAGAAUUACUGGAGGAGAACCAUAUCUCUACCUACAGCCCUUGAUCUUCUAUCCUGGCUACUAUGCAGAUAAAAAUAAUAUAUACAUCCAACGAUUCCCAUUUAAAACACUUGCUAUGCUCACCUCCUUCUUUACUAAUAUUGCAAUUUCCUACCUAGCAAAAUAUUUAUUUGAAAGUGGUUCUUUGCCACCAAAAUUAGACUUCCUUGACGCUGUUGUUGCAAGGUACAGUCAAGAAAACAUGGAUAAAACAACUCUUGUAAAAAGUGACAAUAUUAUAUUAAAUGAGCUUGCACCUGUGAAUCCUAGGCACAGUCUGACUUUGACCUCAACUUUCACAAAUAAAGAAGCCUUCAGUGACAUUGAUUCAAGUCCAGAGCUAUCCAGUGCUGAAGAUAACUUAGUAACCAACACAAAAUGAAAUUCUGCUUUCAGAUAAAAUACAGUGCAAUGGGGUAUCCCAGGAAGAAUGGUAAGAGGCAUUUUAGCAGAAGGAAAACAAGGACCAGGAAUGAAAUGCCACUGCACAAUUCUUUACAUCACUUCUAUGAAAGUGGGACCCUGUGAAAUAAACUGUUAUAUUUUAUUAUCAUGUUUGUUGCUAUUGGGUAGUGAAAUAUCAAAGGAUAAAUUCCUCAUAUCCCCACCCACUCAAAGAGACCUUGGUACUACAGAAUUUAAUAAUUAUAUACAACAAAAAUAAAAGAAGAGAAGAGAAAACAGUGGGAAAAUAUUUAGAUCAGUCAGUAAAUAAAGAUACUUGACAUUUUAUAUUCAGUCAUCUAUGAGAUUAUAAUAUGGUCAAUCUAAAAUAAUGAGCAGUCAACAUUUUAUUGGCACUAUUUGAAAAAUACCUGGUCACUACUGUGAUUCAUUGCUAAUUAUCAGGCUUCUUGAAUAGGAAGUAAUAAUUAACAACCUUUCUUGCUUUUUCUUAUAACAAAUAUCAUAAAAAGAGGUUCAGUAUUUUAUUAUUUCUACUAAAGUAAUUAAAGGUGUGAUUAAUAAUAAGUUCCUUGUAGGAGGGUUAAAUGUAUUAUACGUAGAAAAGGUUAAAAAAGAUAUCACUAUUUAAAAGUGGUGUUAUCAUAUUUAUACAGUAUGCAAGAUAACCUUAAAUAAAUUAUAUUACUAUUUAUGCCCUUCCUUUCUAUCACUGAGUGGCUGUCACCAAUAGAGGAUAAAAAACUUAUUAAUAAAAAAAAAGCAAUAAAUUGAGUUGAAAAACUAAGCUCUGGGUAAAGUAAUAGGAAUUUAUGCUUUGUAAAAGUAAAUAGAGUUUUGCAGUUGUGAAAAAAUAAACAAUUUCUUUGAUCAGUGUCAAAAUGAAUUUGGGACAUAAACAGUCUAUUGAUGUGGAAAUGUAACAGUCCAUGAAUAGUAGGGAGACUCAAGAGACCUGGAUGGAACUUUGUAGAAAGCUUUUACUUUUCAUCAAAAAAACAAAACAUUUUGAAAUAAAAAAUGCUAUCUAUUUUGUUUUGGCUGUGCUAUGAAAAGUCUAAAUUUUCUGUGGAAAGUGGACAUGUGGAAAAUUUCACCUUGUUGAAAUCCAAAUUUCCAACCCAAUCAAGGCUGGCACCAAAUUGCAGAGCAACCAAUAGGAAAGGCUCAUCCACACACCCAACAGAUUGCACAGUGAUGUUUAACAGCCAAAUGGAAUCCACCUUUGUUGGGAGGGCAAUAACUGGUCUAUCCCAGUGCCUCUUUGGAACUCUAGGAUUGGUCAGCAGGUGGGGUAUCACCCAUAAAAGGCAGCACCAGACUGCUCAAUCACCUGACACUGCAACCUAAGAAUAAAUAAAAAUUGCAGUCACUUGACCAUAUCUUAGAUGUCUGUGUCUGUUUCCAUUGUUACAGUCUUUUCCCAGUGGGAGGCCUAACAACUAAAUUGCUCUACAAUGAAAAGUUAUACUGCAGUAGCACUCCAAUGAACCUUGAAAAAUUAACAGAUCACAGAAAAGUGUAAAACUGAAAUUCAUAUUUCUUUCUGUGUUGAUUACUGGUGAUAGUUUCUUACUUUGUUAUUUUGGAAUAAUGUCAGUUAUUCUGAAAUAACACUGCUGUGUAGAAAUAGCCUAGCAUUCAUGAAACUAUGAAUUAUAGCAGAGAACAAAAAAAAUGUAAGAAUAAGUUUUGCUGCUAAAGGAAGAAGCCAUCAACUUUUGCAUUCAGUGUCAAUGUAACUGUCACAAGGUUGAUCCUUACAUUACUUUGCUCCUUUUGUGGAGUUUUAAUGCUAUAUGUAUAUUGUGUAUGUACAUACAAUUCAGUUUGGAAAUAUUAAUGUUUUUCCAAAAGUCUUAUUUCAAAAAUAACACUGCAUCUCAGCUCUGAAUGUGCACCAUAUGAACUGCAGUAUUGUAUUUUUUUAAGUCAUGCUCUAAGGACUGUAGAUUCAAAUUAGGAUCUCCUUCAAAUGCACACAUGGUCCUAUAUACAGCAAAAAUGCCAAGUUUCUACUGUGUGAGUGAGUAGAAGAGGAGAUUCAGAUCACGUAGGGAGCUCCAUUAGGCCAUGCGGAAGGGAAAGGAGAAGAGAAAGGACAGGAAAGUUGCUGGAUUUUGUCCAGUGGGUGUAUGCCCAGUUUAGAUCUGCUAAUUCAAAGAUGACACAGUGAACCAUGCUUGUACUAGCAGCCAUAAUGCAGGUGGCCUGGGCCCUAGUUCCAAGUUGAAUUUGAGGACUCCAUCUGGCAACCAUUUGUAAAUGAGCUAUGCAAAGCCUUGAUACUUUGGCUUUGUAUAGGGGAAGCCAUAAUCUCACCCUUAAGGCUAAAUCCUAACACCUUCCAUGGACUUGGAAGGCUUGAAUGCAGUAGGAUGACUGCAGACCUUUUGUUCAUGGGGGAAGAAUGCCAUGAGGCUGUACUGAGGGGCUGGCUGAGCAGAUGAUGGAAAAUUCCAUUUCACAAAGGAUCUGAGAUUUUGAAAAAUGAUUUAGUUUCAAUUUGGAGUGAAACCCAGAAACUUUUACAUUCUCAGCUAAAGGAAGUGACCCAAAAAAAGUUUGGAUUGAAUGAAACAUUUGGCUAAGAAACAAUCAUUAUUUCACUUUUGACUUUUCAAAUUACAUGUUAUAAUACAGAAUUUUAAAAAUUCAAAAUGAAAUGUUUCUAAAUCAAAAUCUUUCAUUCCAAAAAUAGGGAAAAAGAAAGGUUCCACAUUAUCAAAAAAAUAUUUCUGGUUUAUCUCCUAAGUGAAAUGUCAGUGAAACUAAUACAAAUGUAUUUCAGUUUCAACUGAAUUAUAUUUGCUGGUGGAAAAUGGUUCCAUCCAAGUUUUCCCAACCAAUUCUAAAUGGAAGUUCCAUAUCUGUUGCUCUUUGAGUAGCUUUAUUCCAUGGCAUCACAAUCACAGCAGAGGGACCAGAAGAGUCUGGGAUGUGGGCACUGGCUCCACAACUCUGCCAAUCUACAAACCAAAUCUAUAUGCUUGCCUAGAGGGGAGUCAUAAAAAUUGCAGCGGAACUGUACUGAUGCUCUCCUUCAAGUACUGGAAGAUUCCAAGGUCCUCACAGACAACCCAGCAUAAUGCCUGUUUGCAAGACUUAAUUCAUCCUAGAAACUUUGGCAGGUAUAACUAUAUCACUCAGAGUUGUGGAAAAUCCCCACCCGAGCGACAUAGUACACCACCCUAACCCCCAGUGUAGAUAAUACUAUGUAGACAGGAGGGCUUCUCCCAUUGUGGGACAUAGCUACUGCCUUUCAGGGAGCUGGAGUACCUAAUGCCGAUAGGAGAAGCUCUCUCAUCAGCACAGAUAGCUUCUUCACUAAGCGCUACAGUUGCACCACUGCAGCACUAUAAACUUAGAUGAGCCCAAGUCUUCUUGCUUUAGUUGAGUUUAUCUAGCAUUAGAGAACAAAGAUGUGAAUAAAAAUAAGGGCCAUACCCUAACCUUGACUUUUUCAAAGGAAAAAAACUAGAUUUUCACAUGCAAAAUGACAAUAGGAUAUAGUUCUUCAAAAUAUGACUGCCAAAUGGUUCAUCAGCCAACUUUGUUUUGACAUAUAUCUUUUGAUGUUUCUUUCCUAGCUUACCAUUUUUUAGACAAUAGUGCUAAUUCCUCUAUACAAACAACAGGGCAAAAUUAUGGAACAAGUCCAUUUUCAGACAUUGAGAUCAUUAUUUCUAGGCCCACCAUUGUGGAUAAAGUAUUUUUAUCAUGAUUGUAUGCUUUAUUUCCAUACGUUUAAAAUUACCAUGGAAAACAUGCUUGUUUGGUAGAUCUGUAGAAUUUUCUGCAUGAGAUUUGUUCAUAACAUCAAGCUUAUUGCAUAGCCAUGAUAUCAAAAAUGAAUGCAAAUAAUCUAUGAACUAUUAUUACGUCUUUAACUGUCCACAUAGGAUGAUAUGUGUAUUAUAAAUAAAAUAAUCUUAUGUGAACCUGAACUGAAUGUAAACUUCAAGUGAAUCAAGUACGGCAACAAAUUUAGCCUUUUAUUUUCAUAUAGGACAAUAUUUUAGGGUUUAAAAUAUAAAUAUCAUAGAAAUAAAAUGGUCAUUUAUUUUGCCUUUUACCCUUUAAGGUCAUUUGAAUUAGUACAAUGUGUAAUUAGGCAGUAAGUUAUUGUAAGUCAGCUAUUUAACAGGGUAGUAUUUGUGGCUAUUGAUAUAAAAUGUAUAUUUUUGUCUGUGUCAGAAAUAUUAUAUUAAAACUCUGUACAGUACCUAACAAAUCAAACAAGCACCAUACUAUAGAUGUCUAUGUUUAAAUUGCAUCAGUACUGUAUUAAAUAGUGCCCAGGUCAUUCAGGAAAAUAUUGUCUAGUUUUGGCUCUGUUUUUGUCCAUCUAUUAAA